GAGGAGGAGAGAGGGGAGGGGCUGGAGCAAGCAGGGGAUGCACCGGAGCCGACCAAGGGGCCCCGGAGGCAGCAGCGGCAGCUGCGGCAGUGGCGGGAUCGCGGCGGCGGCCCCUAGUGUACUGCCCCCCGGUGUCCGGGCCCCCGGAGACGCCAUGCCCCACACAGUCACUCUCCAAGGCCCCUCACCAUGGGGCUUCCGCCUGGUGGGCGGCAAGGACUUUAGUACCGCGCUCACCAUCUCCCGGAUAAACCCUGGCAGUAAGGCAGCCUUGGCCAACCUUUGCCCAGGAGAUGUGAUCCAAGCCAUUAAUGGGGAGAAUGCAGAUAGUAUGACUCAUCUGGAAGCCCAGAACAAGAUCAAAGCAUGUCUGGACCAGUUGACCCUCUCUGUGAACAGAACUGAAGGUAAGACCUGGUCAUCUGGCAGUCCUGAUGAUGGCAAAGCACAAGCCUACAGAAUUAACAUAGACUCGGAGCCACAGGACAAUGGAUUCACUCACAGUAGAAGGUCUUCAGCUUCAGGAGGGAGCCUGGCUGACAGCAAGACUAACCUGGGCCUUCAGUAUGGGACCCCAUCCCGCCUCUAUUCCCACAACAAUGAAGCCAGUUUGCAGGCACAGAUGAGCAACCUCCAUGUGUCUCCACCCCACAGGCAGCAGCUGGAAGGUUCCCACAUGGGACCUGUGCUUUCUCUCUCUUCCACACCCAGCAGUGCUGACUCUACAAGAUCUCUUCCAAGGAGCAGGAAUGGCAUUGACGUGGAAUCUGAUGUGUACAAAAUGCUCCAGGAAUAUGGGGAACCUGCCUCAGAACCCAAGCAGUCUGGUUCCUUCAGAUACCUACAGGGAAUGCUAGAAGCUGGAGAGAAUGGUGAGAAACUAGAUCGAGCAGGUGGCCCCAGGAACCUCAAGUCUCCUGUCUCCAAGCUAGGUGGUCCCAUGGGCAGCCUGCAGUUGCUUCCUGAGUGUACCAGAUGUGGGAAUGGCAUCGUGGGCACAAUUGUGAAGGCACGGGACAAACUCUACCACCCUGAGUGCUUCAUGUGCAGCGACUGUGGCCUCAACCUCAAGCAGAGAGGGUACUUCUUUAUUGAGGAACGUCUGUAUUGUGAGACCCAUGCCAAGGCACGGGUGAAGCCUCCAGAGGGCUAUGACGUUGUAGCUGUCUACCCCAAUGCCAAAGUCGAACUUGUCUGAGAGCAGCCCAGCCAUACCCAGACCCAAGGGCAUUGACAGGGUGGGCUGUCCUAACCAUGCACACACACACACACACAUCACAUUCUUUGUAACACGGCUCAAACUUUGUAGGUGACACUUUCACAGUAAAAUACCUUUACCCUCAGGAGAAGGAAAGGUAUCAAAUUUGCCCCAUGGAAGAGCUGUUUCCUUCUCCUUGCGCUGCUCCCUGUCCAUAUUGUAAUUUCUGCUUUUGUUAACAUUUCUGCCCUGGCCUCAACCAAACUUUCUGUAAAUAUAGGAAGCCUUUUCUACUUUGUCACCAAUAAAACCAGCAUUCUAUAUUUUGA